AUGUCUUCCGUCAGUACCGUCACCCAGCGUCGCCCUUCUGAGGCUUCCAAGGCUUCUAAGGAAACUUUUAUCCAAUCUACCGGCAAGGCCAAAACUGCCAUCAACACUAAUGGUGACACUUUUGUUGUCCCCCAGUUCACCAUGAAGGAGAUUUUGGACGCCAUUCCAGCUGAAUGUUACAAGCGUUCUUACCUCAAGUCCUUCUCUUAUGUUUUCCGCGACCUUUUCUUCAUUGGACUUGUUGCUUACAUUGCUCAUGAAUAUAUUCACUUGAUUCCAUCCCUUUCAGGCCGCUUUGUUGCUUGGUCUAUCUAUGGAUUCAUCAAUGGUCUCUUUGGUACAGGAUGCUGGGUCUUGGCCCACGAAUGUGGCCAUGGAGCAUUUUCUGACUCCAAGACUGUCAAUGACAUUGUGGGCUGGUUCCUUCACUCUGCUCUCUUGGUCCCUUAUCAUUCUUGGAGAAUCUCUCACUCUAAGCACCACAAGUCUACCGGUAAUCUCCAACGUGAUACUGUCUUUGUCCCCAAGUCCCGUGAAACUUUUACUGCUAACCGUGGUGUCUCUGUUCUUGCUGAAAUUUCUGAAGACACUCCCAUCUAUACCCUUUGGAACUUGCUUCUUCAGCAACUCUUUGGCUGGAACAUGUACCUCUUCACCAAUGUUACCGGCCAAAAGUACCCCAACCAUUCCAAGUAUGUUGUUAACCACUUUGUUCCCACUUCCCCCCUCUUUGAUGAAAAGGACUUUAUGGACAUUGUCAUUUCUGAUCUCGGUAUCAUUACUACCUUGACUCUUCUUUACCUUUCUGUUCAAAAAUGGGGAUUGGCUACUGUUGCUUGCUACUACAUUGUCCCUUACUUUUGGGUCAACCAUUGGCUUGUCUUUAUUACUUAUCUCCAGCAUACUGAUCCUACUCUUCCUCAUUACGACCAUGAAGAGUGGAACUUUGCCAGAGGUGCUGCUGCUACUAUUGACCGUGAGUUUGGUUUUAUUGGCGAGUACAUUUUCCAUGAUAUUAUUGAGACCCAUGUUCUUCAUCACUUUGUUUCCCGUAUUCCCUUUUACAAUGCGCGUGUUGCAUCUGAUGCUAUUAAAAAGGUUUUGGGUGAACACUAUCGUCAUGAUGAUGGUAACAUGGUUGCCUCCUUUUAUAGAGCUGGCCGUGCUUGCCAGUUUAUUGAGGGUGACAAUGGUGUCAAGAUGUUUAGAAACAUUAACAACAUUGGUGUUGCUCCCAAGGUUGAUAAGAAGCUUUCCGAGUAA